AUGUUCUGGACCACGCUCGCCACAGGCGCACUCUUGACCCAGCAUGUCGCUGCGCAAAAUAUGCUGCGUUUCGCCUGCUCCCAGCUCACCGUCGAACGAGCUGACCCGCUGGUAAACCCCGGACAACGACCCUCUCCCCACACCCACCAAAUCAUCGGUGGAAACUCCUUCAAUCUAACUAUGGACCCCGGUGUCUACGACUUACCCACCCGCUCCACCUGCACAAGCUGCACAUACAGCGAAGACUUCAGCAACUACUGGACGGCUUCCCUCUACUUCAAGUCCCCAGAAAAUGGCACUUUCCAACGCGUCCCUCAAUUCGCAAACGUCGGCCUUCAACAAAACGGUGGCAUGACAGUAUACUACAUGCCGUACUCCGCCAAGAACAACAAAAUGACAGCCUUCAAACCUGGGUUCCGCAUGCUCGCCGGUGACCCCAUGGCCAAAAGUCCCAACCGCGCAAGCAUCUGCCACCGCUGCUUGGGAAACGGCGAGGGCUUUGCGCCGUGCGACGCAAAGGAUACUGCGGAGCUGCCUAAGAAGUACUGUCCGGGGGGAAUCCGCGCGACAAUAAUCUUCCCAUCGUGCUGGGAUGGCAAGAAUCUCGAUAGCCCAGACCACAAGAGCCAUGUCAAGUAUUCCAACAGUGGGGGGCUUGGAUCGCAGAACUGUCCGAGUAGUCAUCCCGUGCCUAUUCCGCAGGUCAUGUAUGAAAUUAUGUGGGAUACGGAGCGGUAUAAGAAUAAUGCUUAUUACUCAAACAACAAACAGCCAUUUGUGUACAGUUUUGGGGAUGGGACUGGCUACGGUCAACAUGGCGAUUACCUCUUUGGCUGGAAAGACGAUUCGCUGCAGAAAGCUAUGGAUGCGCUUCCUAGUGGUAAAUGCGCUAAUGCGAAUUGCCAAGUUCUGAAGAUACAGUCUGCGCAAGACUCGAUGAAGUGCAAGAAGGCGCAGCAGGUUGUGGAGGAUGUGGGCGUUAGCGGAGACUGGCUCAAGGAGCUACCUGGCGAUAUGCCUGUCACUUACUAG